AUGACUGGUGCUCUUCAAGGAUUCUUUGUAGGAACAUUAGAUGCUGACAAUGGUAGUGUAGCAGAUCCAAGUAUUCAAUUCACAGAGGGUAAUGGCUUCUUCUUACCGGCUGACAAUGAAGUGGCUGUUGCCAUUGACGGUGUUGAAGUUGCCACGUUCAGUGACACGGGCUUGGGUAUUGCCGGCGAUUUGGCAGCUACAAACGUUGAAGUUAGUGGUGCUGUUGUUCUUGGUGCUGGUUCUGCUACAGUGCCAUCAAUUUCAUUCUCUGGUGAUAGCAACACCGGCAUUUACGCUGCAGCCACGGAUAUCCUUGGUUUUGCUGCUGGUGGCGCUGCAGUUGCAACUAUUUCGAGCAGUGGCAUUGGUGUUGCUGGGAACGUGUCUGCAAACUCUAUGUCCACAGCAAGUUUAACCAUGGGUGGAAACAAGAUACAAUCGUUAGGCACCCCAACAGCGACAGAUGAUGCAGCAACAAAAGGGUACGUCGACAGCGCAGUUGCCGGUGGUAGUUACUUACCUUUGGCUGGUGGUACUCUUACUGGUGCGCUUCUUGUGCCCGAUGGCAGUGCUUCCACGCCGGCGAUCGCGCUUGCAAGUGACACUGACACUGGCAUCUACAGUGAUUUAGGUGCGCUGUGUGUCUCAGCCGGCGGUACAAUGUGCGCGUUUUUCAAUGCAUUGGGUAUCCGCACCGGUCUCGAUGUCGCUGCCCAAGGCAGUGUGACUGGUGCACGGGUGUAUGCCACCACCCAGUUUCUUGCCGGAAACGGAAACGUGACAAACCCAGCGUACAGUUUUAGCGCAAAUAGCUUUGUAGGGUUGUACUCUGCUGGAACAAACCAACUUGGUGUAAGUGCAAAUUCGACCAAUGUAGCAACCUUCACAACAACUGCAUUGAAUGUGGCCACUGGGUUGAAUGUCACAGGCUUCACAUCGCUUGGAACUGGUAACACAGGGUUGAAGAUGGCAGUCUUUAUCGGAACAACAGCUGCUGGAAGUGGAGGGACUGUAGCACAGAACAUCACGAUUGACAGGAACAAGAUUGUGAGUAUGACUGGAACCAUUUUCGCGUCCAACAGCAAAACUGUUGCAUUCAACACUGGCUCGGGUCAGUAUUACGUGUAUGCUGAUGUGAGUGGCGCAUCGUCCCCUUGGGUAUUAACCGUGACCAAUGGUGCCAGUGCCACGAGUGCCUAUAGUGUUCCAUUCAGUAUCUUAAUCACCUACGUGGCAUAA